UUUUUUCAUUUUCAACCCAAAUUGAAUAAUUACCGUCGUACCUUACCUUAAUAAAAACUUCUAGCCUUUAACAAGGUAGAAAACAAAAAUCUUUCUCCGACAUAAAUUUUGAUCUUCUUUGCCCUAAUUUUUAUCAAUUUUAUUUUCACAAACUUGAGUAUCCGAAAUUGCAAUCAUUCCUAUACAAAUUCAAAUAAUCUGGCUUGCAGCAUUUUUCUUGUUCCAUCUGAUCUUCAAAUCUAGUGAACUACAUUCCAAUCCAUCAUUUCCGAUUCCGUUUUGGCGCCAAUAUUUGACCGAGUCAGGACUGGUAAACUGUAAAACAACAAGCAAGCAAACAUGGCGGCUGAUAAGCGCUCACUCUACCAACUAGCUCCUACUCAGACACCUCCACCGCAUAUAAGAAAAACACUGGUCCAGGGUCGCCUAGAAUCCCAAAUUUCUAGCCCAGUAAGGCUUCAGAGUCCCCGGUCAUUUCUUGGGUAUCCUCAAGAGGCAUAUGAUCCCAUCGCUCAAGUGUCCAGACAAAGUGGAAUGCCAGGAACUGAGUCUAUUGGGGUCCACAGUGUUAUUCCUAACAUCAGAAUGUCUCUUGGGCUUAACAACACCAGUCAGCAAAAUCCCAAAAUAUCACAAUCUACACAACAGUCACUUCUAAGUCACCCCAUCCCUGUAGUAUCACCAUCUGUGUUGCAACCCUCAUCAUCGUUAUCCCUAUCAGACAAUGAUGACGAGAACCUGGCCCAGCCCUUACCGACGACACCACCAAAGUCCCCAAAACAGGGCACAAGCCAGCCUGUUAUAUUAACAGAUGCUAGCAGUCGGCAUAAAACCCCAGAAAAAAGAGAAGUCCCUGUUGUGACAAGUGUUGUCACAUCACCUGUCAGAGUAGUUUGCCAUUCUCCAAGACGAGAUAAGGGUGUGACUAGCAAUGGUACGUCGGUGACGGGGCACACCGAGAGUGCUAGGAAGGUAGAGGUUGCAGGAGUACAAAGGAUCAAUGUAGAAAGAAGGAAAGAAGCAAACAAUUGGGCUGCUCCCUUAAACAUUAGUCAAGAUAGUCUUGACAGUGAUGACGAUGAAAGACAUAUUCCAACCAUUGCUGGCAGUCCAGUAGAUCCACAUAGCAAAGCAAUAAGAGUGGCACUUGAUAACAAUGACAAGAAGAAUGGGGUGUCUCACCCCCCUUAUGAUCCGCAACAGUACAAAAGCUUUAUGGGAGAAGUGGAUGAGAAUCAGGGCGGACCUGUGUUAGCAGGAUUCAACAAUGUCAAGCAGAACCUUUUUGAUUACUCUGUUGCAGAUGUGUCGAUAGCUUCAGAUACUAGCAAAGUCAGUGAAACUGGUGAGAAAAAGAAGAAAAAAUCCAAAACGCGUAUUGUCCCAUCACGCUACAUGUCUACCUCGGCUUGUCAAAGCUCGGCAAUGAAAGUUGCAUCAAAGAAAACUACCUCUGUUCAAAGAAAGCAAAAAGUCUCCUUUGCCUCAACAAGUAAAACCAAGAACAGGUCCUUGCAUGAUUCCAGUAAACUGGAUAUUACAGCUCCGCUCCAAAAUCCCAAUGCUAGAGGCAACAAUAUCAUGACAUCUACACCAGCUGUUGGCUCUAUCGGCAUAAUACCAGGGCAUCCAGGGGGGGACUUGGCAGCCCCUACACCCAUUCUUCCACCUCAGAGUGUUUAUAACACUGGGGGAUUAGGCUACAAGGAUAAGACAAAGAAGACACAGAAAAUUAGAGCUCAACCAUUUGACAAUAUUGCGGCAGAGGGGACCCAUCCGCAAGAGGCACCGGCUGGUCAAGGAGAGGUUUCUCAGCGACAGUUGGAGCUUCAGUAUACCAGGCUUGUGCAAUGGAUCUUCCUUGAGUCAAAGGCCAAAAGUUCAUUUGCUGCGCAAGAGAAACAAGCACAGAGUCAGCUCUAUUCUAUGUGGCAAGAGAACGAGAAACUCAGAAGAGGAAUUGCUGAGCUCGAAUUGGAAGUAGAUGCACAACAGAAGAUGGAGGAACUUGACAAACAGUUGAAUUUACAGCAAUCUGGCUUGGAGGCAGUGGAUGUCAACUUACCUAAGCUAAAACAGGAAUAUCCUAAACUAUCCAAUGCUCUCGAUACUACCAGGCACUAUAUGCCUGUCAAUGGGGUGUUAAUUCCAGACAGUCAUGGGGAACUCCUCGGUGCUUUAGACGAGAGCGAGAACCUUCUCGGUGAAAUCGAGGCAUUAACUCGACACCAGACUAAUAAGGUGUCAAACUUCUCCAAAGAAAUAUCUACUCUUGAUAAGAUCACAGGCACCGAGGCCGAGGAACACUCCAGAUGCCAAGAGCUUCUAGCCGCUACUUUGACAUUAGCGACGCAGGAGAGAAGCUUACAAGCGCAAAUUAUACAAAGCUCAUAACAUGGAACUCGGCCUUGAGAACUAAUGUUGUCUGUGUACUAUUUAUUUGUACUAGAGCAGGGAGGUGUGACAUCUCCCUGGUAAAAAACAUCUUAAAAAGUGGUUUGGAAUAAAUCAAGUCGAAGGAAGCCCUUGCAAAUAUAAUUUCUCCCCAAUUCAAGUAUUGACAGUUUAAUUCUUAAAUCUAAUUGGAUAUGUAUUAGCAUUAUAACAGGCUUUGUCCAAAUCUGUUUUUGCGGAUUGCCGUCCAUGUGUGACAAAUUAGGUAAAGCCUCGUAGAAAACACGCUACCCUUGACUGGUGGUCGUGGGAGCAAAACAGUGUCGGCAAGGCAAGGCGAUGUUUGUACGGUGCUUGAUCAUAGCUUCAUAAAAUGCCAUCGCAUGGAGAGGGAGUGAAAAACUAAGCCUUUGGUUGUUGUGGCUUUUAAAAAAAACUGAAACCCACGUUAUCAGACCAGAGAGACGUGAAAGAUUCGCCCUUUAUUUGAAGUGUACAGUUUGACGCUUUUCCUCAAAUCAUAAUUCUUUAUACAUAUGUUACAACUCAUAAUAAAUCUGGAACCUAAUAAUUAUUAAAAAUUCUAGUUAUA